CGGUGGAGAAGGAGAGUUGAAAGUUCGCAGCUGGGCGGCCGUGCUAGAGAAAAUCUCGACACCUCAGAGAGAAAGAUGGAUGAAAAUCAAGAUUUCGCUGCUGAGUUACAAGACAGCAAGGCCGCGUACGUGCUAAGUAAUGUCGCUGAAGUGGUGGAACGGAUUCUGACCUUCUUACCGACCAAAUCUCUGCUCCGGAUCGCAAGUGUGUGCAGGCUGUGGAGAAACUGUGCCCGCAGGGUGCUGAGGACCCAGCAGCAUCUCACCUGGGUGUCCGCCCUGGGACCGUCUGACACUGAGGUGCAUGCCCUCUGCAGCAUCCUGGCUCAGGAGGUGGAGAACGUAUUUCUCCUGCCUAAAACCGUCUUAGCGAUGGUAGACUGUGAGGCUUUUACUGGACAAGCUUAUUGCUACAGACAGAGUAAAGCAAAAAAGAGUCGCAACAGUCCAGACACAGUCGAAGAACUAAACCUGCUCUUCCCCAAAGGCUGUGACAUUAUGGGCAUUGCUACACCAGGAAUAGUCUUGACUCCCACUGGCCCUGGCUCCAAUCCUCCUCAGGAGCACCAGGAAGGGGAGGCGGGCUUUGCGAUCAUGUUGCCCAGCAUGGAGGGUGUGCACAUCAAGCCCUUUCACUUCUGUAAGAAGUCCAUCUCUCCAAGUGCCCUGAAAGAAGCAGGACUAAUUGAGAAUCCAGAUCUGCGUGUGGUACUGUUGUUUGUCUAUGAGGCAUAUAAACCUGGAGGAGCACGUUUCCUCAGCCAGCUGCUGGAGCAGCUGUCCAAGAGCAAAGCUCUCAUCGCUGGAGGUCUGGUGGAAAGUGUCUUCUCUCCUCUCAGACAAUGCUGUAGCCAGGGUGCGCACGGUGUGGUGGGUCUGGCGCUGAGUGGUCCUAAGGUGCAGGGGGCAUCUGUCCUCUUGGACCAGGAUAUCAGCAAUCCAAAGGAGGCUGAAGCCACAAUCCGACGGUUAAAGGCGGCCAAAAUUCCAGAGAGGAACACCCUGGGGUUCAUGUUCGCCUGCGUGGGGAGAGGCCAGAGCUACUACAACAACCAGAACAACGUAGAGGCCGACGCCUUUCGCAAGGUGUUCCCCAACACCCCGCUCUUCGGCUUGUUUGGCAACGGAGAGAUUGGCUGUGACCGAAUCAUCAAAGACGACUACACGCUGUGCGACACUGAAACGGACAGUCUGCAGCACGAGUACACUACAGUCAUGACCCUGGUCCAUCUAGGCUGACUGGUCCACCUGUAGAAACCGUGGAGAAACAGGAAAAGAGAUGACUCCUGUUUGCAACCGCAUUGGGGAACAACAAACAUUCUGUACAAAAUGUUAGUCACAUUACAGAUCAGAAUAUCUCUGUCAGCGUGUCUGCUCAUAAAGCAAAGGAAAUUAACCCUUCGGCCAUCAAUGUAUUGGCAUCGUUUGGUAAAUGAUGUCCCCUGUGUGUGAACACGGCUUUAUAUUAAUAUUGAGUGAGUCUCACAAAUAGGACCCCAAGAAAGACAAACUGAUCAUCUAUGUUUAAAUUCAGCUGUGAUUCUGUACUCAUGUAAAAUAUAUGUGUAUAUUUUUUCUCAAAUUCGGCACCCACUGAUGGCAUAUCUUUCUCUCCCUCGGAUAUGAACCUCAUGGUUUAUUGGCUUUCCAAGUGAGUAAAUGAUACACACUUGAGUAUCCCAAGCUAUUAUUAUAGUUGUUGAUUCAGCAAAGGCACUUUUUUAUUCAUGUGAGUAUGAAGAGUGUUUCUUCUUUCACAGAAUCAAGGUAAUCUUGAUUUGAAUGCUCUUUCUCCUCCUUAAGGUUUUACUCUUAAGGUUUUUACACUUGUCUUACCAAGAAUAAGGAAAACUUGUUAGCCUAAAAAUGAAUACUCUUAGGCAAAGAUUUCUAUCUACCCUGGUUCAGUAGGGCACAGGGAAUUCACUGUGACUUUUUUUUUAUCCACAUGUCAAGUCAUAUCUCCCACCAUCUACUUCCUGUUGGCUGUGAGGCUUAUUGGUCACUGACACAGUGCUGGUGCCUGAUCUAGAACCGGUUCCACAAAUGUAUACUGAAAAAUCCGGUUUGGGUCGGAACUGCUCCCCUAGCAGUACGAGUAGCUGCGGGAGGAGCUACAGCUGGGAAUUCUGAGCGGUGAAUGCAAAAUAUAAUUACUUAGUAAAGUAAAUGUAUGAAAAGUAAGCAAAGCAAAGUAUCCUGUUGGCUGUGAUUUCUUUCCAAUGGAAAUGACUCAAACUUCCAUUAUGUAACUUCCUCUUUCCUUUUUUGAGAUUUGUUGGCAGCAAACCCACAACAGAGUGGUGCAUUACUGCCACCAGCUGGUAUGAAGUGUGGACUACAUAACAUUCUGUUGUCAGACCUAUCAAAAUGUGGAUGGACUGGUUUGCAAAAUGAUUCGCUUCUGAACUGGCUCCAUCUUCCCAGUCUGCAGCUCGACAGAAAAAUUCAACAGGGAAUAAGAACAUUUAUUCACUGUGUGAGUGACACCGACCGUCAGAAACUCUCAGUUUCACCUCAAACUAGUCACAGCUCUUCUUCUAUUUCAUAAGGAGACAGUUGAAGGAGGUUGGAAAUUGAAGAACUGUUUAAGGUCAUUGGAGAUUAAGUAAUUAGUGUCUUGCUUUGCUGAAGUCAAAAGGUAACGAUUUUUUCUUUAAUAGUGAUAUUAAGGGGUGAGACAUCCUUUCAUCCAAUAAAAUACUUGUCGCAGUUCAA